AUGGCGGACGAUGAUUGGCCGUCUCAAAGAUUUCGUGACCACGUCAUCAAUCGAUUAGAGCCCGAGUUGGCUCGCAAUCGACAGAAUGCGCCAAAUUUACCAGUUCCUGGAGAUGCUCGUCAAGUAGAAGAAUACGUGUUCCAGAAGUGCCUUAGUAAGGACGAGUACAUGCGUACUAUUGCAAAGGUGAUCAAUGCGAUCAACUGCAACUCAAAGUCUGCUGCAGUGCCGUCGGUACUUCAACCAUCGUUCCACAGCCCUCCAUGUUCGGCACCGAAUGUAAAUAAUACAGCCAGUGUGAAUUCCACAACCUCAUAUCGAACGUCGGUGCCACCGGAUCCUCAGCCUACGCAAACUCGGAAUCAAAGCCAGCCAACACCUUCAUCGGGCUCGCAACAAGUUCCUAUUCAACAACAACAGCCAGGACCAGUGAUGGCAAAUCAACAAGCAUUUCCCUCACCUGAUCAUCCCAGAGGUCCUCCUCCGUCCUAUGGUGCACCUCCACUCGGUCAACCGCCUCCGCAGAUGCAACCUUCUGGGGCUCAGCCAGUUCCACAGCAACAGAUGAUGCCACAGGGUGGAUGCCCUCCAUAUCAGAUGAUGUCUCCUCAGCAGUCGCAACAACAACAACAACAACAGUUACCCCCAUAUGACGCGCGAAUGCAGAAGCAACCGAAACAAGAGCCAAUGUCUCGGAGUUGGGACGCGCAAGGAAUGCACUAUCCACCGCAGCAACAACAGUGGGGUCAACAUCCCGGUUAUUCUCAACCUCCUCAACAACAGCAGAUGCCCACACAACAUAAUCAACAACCACAACAAGGACAACAGCCACCUGUAAGUGGACAGUCCACAGUUCUUGAGGCACUUAUCAAUCAGCCACAGUAUCCUUCAACUCCGCAUCAGAUGCCUCGCCAUCCUCAAAUGAUGAUGUCCGGACCGAAUACACAGAUGGGAGGUGGAGGACAUAUGGGAGGUCCUAUGGAUGCACAACAUGACCAGCAACAGAUUUAUAAUCAAAAAUUACGAAUGUUGAGACCAUACUGUGAAAAUCUGAAAUUGCGAGCGCAGCAGUGCCGCAUGGAAGGAAAUAUGGAAGCUGCGCAAAAGCUGGAAACGAUGCUGGGAGUAUUAGAAGGACGUCGCGUUGUCAGCUUGGAAUAUCUUUUGAAUCUGGAGAAUUGGAUACACAAAAAAGCUGAUUUCUUGGCGGCCACCACACACAAUCCUCACGCUGCUGCCAUGCAAAACGGCCAUAUGGGAAUGGCAGGACAAGGAAUGGUGGACGGUAUAAAUGCUGUUUUGAACGCGUCGUCCGAUCAUCAUCCGAAUCCUAUGUAUGGAACCCAAAGUGGAUAUGGCCCACCUUCAAUUCAUCAGGGAAACUAUCCUCCGAUGCAUCCGCAACAAAUGUGGCCACCUCCACCACACUUACAACAGCAAGGCAUGAUGAUCGGCCCUCCAAUGAGCCAGUCGCAAGGUGGUGGUCCAAUGCAAUCCUACAGGGAAUCUCCAGUGGAACACCAUCGUCCAUAUCCGGCCAUGCGACCUCAAAUGCGGCCGCCUCCAGUUGUUCAGUCAAUGCAACCACAAGCUGUUGAUUCGUUACGAAUGGGAAGUGGUUCUGCGAUGGAACCCCUUCUCAAUCCACCUCCAUCUUCAACGUCAAUACCGCCUCUGCCAUGUCACUCGCUGAGUGGACUAGUUACAUUGCCGCCUUGCUCAGGUCAAACUACAUCGAUAACCACAACUCCCGUAAUGGCCGGCUCUGGCGGAGGCGGAAAUGGCAGUACUGGAAGUGCAGGUUCUGCCGAACAGCCUGGCGUGGAUGAUUUAUACAACAUGGACGAUUUCUUACCCACACCUAUGGAGGCUGUUGGAAAUGUGCAAGGAAAUGGGACCAAACUAUCGUUACCCGAUGCUGCCAGACGUGAACUCUCACAAUUGUCAGAUAGAUUCGAGUUUGACAACAAUCCCGAGUCUCAUCAUGAUCCUCAUUGCGCCCUCGUCAAAUGUAAAAUCAAGGGCCAACAAGUGCCUGCUCUUCGUUUGGUCAUUCCGUUGUCGUACCCUGCCGCCUCUGUCACUGUAGAUCGAGCAGCUAUCGAUCUAGAUGCGUUUUUCUACGAUGAUCUGCAAAAUGUAGUUCAUGAACGACUUGCACGCCCUGGAUUACAUUCAAUAACUGAAUUCCUCAAUACUUGGGAGACCACCGUAAGGCAGUAUACGUCGAACCAAAACAACACGAACACAACGAUCUCGCCUUUCGACGAACUCUUCCAAAAUUAUGAUAACAUCAUCACCUGA